GAGGGAGCAAGGGUAGGCCUAGCCGAGGGCGAGGACCGGGCCCGGUUGGAGUGGAGGCGGCCGUAGCUUCCGGGCCCGCGGGGGGACUCCAGCUUGGGCCGCCCCCUGGGUCUAGCAGGUGCGGCGGGCUGAGCUUGCGGCUUUCGCUGCGAUGGUUCUUCACAGCGCAGCCCUUGGGCCCUCUCGAGAGUCGAGGCCUGGACUUGGCGGUGGCGCCACAGGCAGCUACGGGCGCCGACUCGGCGCAACUCGAGUCGGGCCCGCGGGUGAUGGGCAGCGAGCCCCGCGAGCCCGGGCGGCCUGGGAGAGCUGGGGGCGGCGCGAGGCUGGGGGCGGGGCGGAGCGGGUGGGGCCAGGCUCUGGCUGCCGGGAGACCAUUGCCCUCCUCCCAGCCUGGGACCCUCGUCCCUUAAAAUUGUUUACCCUUUUCUGAAUACCGUAGUGGCAUCUUUCUUACUUUGUCCGUUCUCCGGGCUCGAGAGCGUAUUUCCGGAGCCAUGUCAGAAGGAGUGGACUUGAUUGAUAUUUACGCUGAUGAAGAGUUCAACCAGGACUCGGAGUUCAACAAUACAGAUCAGAUUGACCUGUAUGAUGAUGUGUUGACGGCUACCUCACAGCCUUCAGAUGAUAGAAGCAGUAGCACUGAACCACCCCCUCCUGUCCGCCAGGAGCCGUCUCCCAAACCAAACAACAAGACCCCUGCAAUCUUGUAUACGUAUAGUGGCCUACGGAGUAGACGAGCAGCUGUCUAUGUAGGCAGCUUCUCCUGGUGGACUACAGACCAGCAGCUGAUCCAGGUUAUUCGCUCUAUAGGAGUCUAUGAUGUGGUGGAGUUAAAAUUUGCAGAGAACCGAGCAAAUGGCCAGUCUAAAGGGUAUGCUGAGGUGGUGGUAGCCUCUGAAAAUUCUGUCCACAAAUUGCUGGAACUCUUGCCAGGAAAAGUUCUUAAUGGAGAAAAAGUGGAUGUGAGGCCGGCCACCCGGCAGAACUUAUCACAGUUUGAGGCGCAGGCUCGGAAACGAAUACCUCCACGGGCCCACUCCCGAGAUUCUAGUGAUUCUGCUGAUGGACGGGCAACUCCCUCUGAGAACCUUGUACCCUCAUCUGCUCGUGUGGAUAAGCCCCCCAGCGUGUUGCCCUACUUUAACCGUCCUCCUUCAGCCCUUCCCCUGAUGGGUCUGCCCCCACCCCCAAUUCCACCCCCACCACCUCUCUCCUCAAGCUUUGGUGUCCCUCCUCCUCCUCCUGGUAUCCACUACCAGCAUCUCAUGCCCCCCCCUCCUCGAUUACCUCCUCAUCUGGCUGUACCUCCCCCUGGGGCCAUUCCACCAGCCCUUCACCUCAAUCCAGCCUUCUUCCCCCCACCAAAUGCUACAGUGGGGCCUCCACCAGAUACUUACAUGAAGGCCUCUACACCUUAUAACCACCAUGGCAGCCGAGAUUCGGGCCCCCCACCCUCUACAGUGAGUGAAGCUGAAUUUGAAGAGAUAAUGAAGCGAAACAGAGCAAUUUCCAGCAGUGCCAUUUCCAAAGCAGUGUCUGGAGCCAGUGCAGGGGAUUACAGUGACGCCAUUGAGACACUACUCACAGCCAUUGCAGUUAUCAAACAGUCCCGAGUCGCCAAUGAUGAGCGUUGUCGUGUCCUCAUCUCCUCUCUUAAAGACUGUCUUCAUGGCAUAGAGGCCAAGUCAUACAGUGUGGGUGCCAGUGGAAGCUCUUCCAGGAAAAGACAUCGGUCCAGGGAGAGGUCACCCAGCCGGUCCCGGGAGAGCAGCAGGCGGCACCGAGACUUGCUUCAUAAUGAAGAUCGGCAUGAUGAUUAUUUCCAAGAGAGGAACCGGGAGCAUGAGAGACACCGGGAUAGAGAACGGGACCGGCACCACUGAGAAAGGAGUCUGUCUGGGUGGAAGCAAAUUGUUUUUAAUGGACUUGCAUCUCCUCACCUUGAUCAGGACUAAAGGACGGAGGCCGCUCCACCCCUUUCCCCUCUUCCAAACCCCUAACUUCCUCCAGGCAAUACCCUCUGCCCUACAGGAUUGAAGAUGGCUCAGCAGCCCUCCCAAUCCCAUACCACCUGUUUGCCAGGGGGGAAGAACCUAAAGACUUGAUGGGGUAGAGAAUGGGGGCAGACAGGAGGACAGCAACAUGUCCAGCCCCUAGUCUCCAUAGAGAAUGGUGCUUUGUCCAAGGAAACCUGAGUUUCUGAUUCCCCAGGAGCAGUCAAUGGUGAGGUUACUGAGAAAACUUCCUUCCCAGAGACAAUGGAUCCUCUUUGUGGGAUCUUAGGAGAGUGACUGGGUGUGCCAAAAAUGCCCAGGGUUCUGCCCUCGGUACUAGAUUUGGUGGGGGCAAGAGGGUCCAAACCCUGCUAACAUACCACUUCUUUGUUCAACUCCUUUACCUUCCUAGCCCUUUGAGGAGGGACCAUGAGAACAGAAACUACCUUGUGACAAGCUGCUGUUCUGGGUUUUCUCUUCUCACGUAUUGACGGUUUAUUGCCCUGGCCUUCUAGAGGGCUGACUCCUUUUGACCCCUUGCUAUCUAACUCCUCAGUGGACUUGCCCCUCAGAAGCAAAACCCAGGAGGUUCCUUUCUCCUGGAGGCCUAGCCAAGCCAGUUACCACCAUUUGCUGCUUCAGGCUCGGUUGUCUGUUGCAAUAACCAGCUCUUAGAUGUUUCCUCUCCCUGAGGUUUUCCAUUUAACAUGGAAUCCUUCCCCCAAGAAGGCUGCUUCCUUGUUUUAGAGGAAGGUAUUGCCUUUGGGACAUAGGGAUGUCAUGGGACCUCAGUAAUGAGGACCCCUAGUUAAUUAAGUACCAGGAGUGUGGGGAAGGAAGCAAUUUGAGCAGGAUGUGGCCUACUUGCAUGGGCUCUUCUUUUUCAGGUUUGAUGUAAGCAUGGGCUUGCAUCCCCACGGUACAUACUUUGACUUAUUGUGGGAUAACUCAGCACUAGUAGGCAGAUAAAGUCACAAAUGUGGUGUUUUGUUGGGUUUUUUUUAUCCUUUGACUAUAAUACUUCCCCUCACUUGGCCUGGAGGUGCUUCCUGCCUUUGACAAAGAGCAGAGAAGAAAUGGAGCCUGACUUAAGUGAACUCAGCUAAGAGUUCUGAGGGCCAGCACACUCAUGGCUGUUUUCUGCACAGGCAAAUGGAAUUGCUUUCCUCAGCAUCCAGAUUGUGAUAGGUUGCUCCUGCAGGAGGCAGCCACAGUCCUGGAGUACCAUAGGGUGAUGUUCCUUCUGCAUGCAUCUGCAGGGUCUAUGACAUCUAAUGUGAAAAGAGACGUGGCGUGUGAGAUGAGACUUGGUAUGUGAGACCCAUCAGACUCAGAAGAGAGACUGAAUUGGAUCCUUCCUCUCUUCCUAGCACACUUCUAAUAGACCCCUUCAAUCACUGAGGGAGCAUCCCCAGGGUUGGAGAGGCACAUUCCUUUGGGACAGGCUACAAGUUGUAGCUUAUCUUCCUGUCCUCCAAGCCAAUCCCUAUUCCACUUCAGAACAUGACACCCUGCCCAAUUGGCCAAGUGUUAAGUGAUGUGCUUAUUCUUGAAAGCAACUUGGGGUGUCUUUUUAAAAUGUAGAGAAAACCAAGUAAAGUGACAGUUAAGGAAAAACAAUAUAUAGAAUAUCAGAAAAGCUGUUUACCCGGAGAAUUAUUUUCUCCCCAUUUUUGUUUUAUUUUUACUCAAUGACAGAAUUUUUAGUUUUAUUCCUCAUAGCAAAAGGAGAAAAAAAAAAAAAAGAAUCCCAGCCCUCAAAAGGUCAAGGCCCCGUCCCCCUGUUGUCGGUGAUUUGUUUGUCUUUCUGAUAGGUUGAAAAUUGUGUAAUAAACUUGAUGACGAUGUCAAUCUUUUAUACUGCAUUGUAUUUUUUUUCCUUUUGUAACAAAAUAUUUUUAAAUAAUAAAUGGGGUGUGAGCUGUU